AUGACAUAUUUGGCACUUCACAAUCUGAUGUUUCAGUGCGCCAAGGCAGUUGAGUAUCUGCAUAAUCAGAAGCCAACAGUUCUCCACCGCGAUUUGAAGCCGAACAAUUUGCUACUUUUUAACAGAUAUCGUACCUUGAAAAUAUGUGAUUUCGCAUCAAAAGUCAAGUGUAGCCAUCCGUCUGUCUGUGUGUCUGUCCAUAUGAAUGAAUGCGUCGAAAACACAUUUGAAACAAUAUCCAAUGUAAAUUGCGGAAAUGGGUACAGGGUAUUUUCUAGUCGGGUAGUCUCGUUUAACAACACAACUCACUCUAACUCAACAUUACUCUUGCAAGCGCAGGUUCUCGAAGGGAAAAAGUACACGGAGAAAUGCGAUGUCUACAGCUUUGGCAUUAUACUAUGGGAGGUAAUGUCACGGAAGAAACCUUUUGAUCACCUGGAAAAUCCAAAUUCUUUCACUAUUGAAAAGUUAUCUGCGAAUGGUGUGCGACCGAAAUUGGAAGAUGUAAUGGAGUGCGAUAAUAUGAAGAUCAUUAAAACGUUGAUUGAAAAGUGUUGGGCACACGAUCCAAGCAAGCGGCCAGCCAUGAGCAGGUUGUCUCUUUUUCUUGGCCGUAAUUAUUACGGGACUGGUGAUUACUCGGAGCCUUUGCCGCCUACGUGUGAUGCUGAUUAUCAAUAUCGAAUUGAAGAGAUGUAAGAUUCCACAGAUCUCCGAGGCGUACAACUAUUAUGCUAGGCGAUUACUCAAACCCAAAUCUGAACAAAUACGUGAGACAGCUAAAACAAACAAAAAUAGAUCCGGAUCCGAAAUUUUAGAUAUACCAUUUCCACCUACUUUUCUACCCGCACUUUAUUGAACCCCACGUAUAUUAUAAAAAAUAAAUAAAAAUCUUUUUAAAAGGGGAAGCUUCCCAGCAUCUGCAGUCAAGACUCAAA